AUGGACGACUAUUUGAGAAUAGAGAAAAUUGGAGAAGGAACCUAUGGUGUGGUAUACAGGGGCAAACACAAGGCCACUGGUCAAAUUGUGGCUAUGAAGAAGAUCCGUCUGGAGAGUGAGGAAGAAGGGGUUCCCAGCACUGCAGUCCGAGAGGUCUCUUUGCUUCAGGAGCUGAAACAUCCAAAUGUUGUCAGACUGUUAGAUGUCCUGAUGCAGGAGUCUCGUCUCUAUCUCAUCUUUGAGUUCCUAUCCAUGGACCUCAAGAAAUACCUGGACUCCAUACCUUCUGGGCAGUACAUGGACCCGAUGUUAGUCAAGAGCUACCUCUACCAGAUCUUGGAGGGCAUAUAUUUUUGUCAUUGUCGACGAGUCCUCCAUAGAGACCUGAAGCCACAGAAUCUUUUGAUUGACAACAAGGGUGUUAUUAAACUGGCUGAUUUUGGACUGGCUCGAGCCUUUGGUGUUCCUGUCAGGGUCUAUACCCAUGAGGUUGUAACCCUUUGGUAUCGAGCUCCCGAGGUUCUUCUGGGUUCCCCUAGGUAUUCCACUCCUGUUGAUGUUUGGAGUGCCGGCACCAUAUUUGCUGAACUUGCCACCAAGAAGCCACUAUUCCAAGGAGACUCUGAAAUAGACCAGUUGUUUAGGAUCUUCAGGACGCUAGGAACACCAGAUAAUGAUGUUUGGCCCGAUGUAGAAAGCCUACCUGACUACAAAAGCACUUUUCCGAAAUGGAAGCCUGGCAACAUGGCCUCAAUGGUGAAAAACCUGGAUAAGAAUGGUCUCAACCUUCUGGCAAAAAUGUUGGCCUACAAUCCUCCCAAACGGAUUUCCACACGCGAGGCCAUGACUCAUCCUUAUUUUGAUGAUUUGGACAAAUCCACACUACCUGCAGCCAACAUCAACAAAAUCUAA